AUGUUUUGUCUGAUGAGAUCUGGAGGCGUAUCAGACAGCAGCAGGGCUAUGGGGAUCAGACAUGGGACAAGAAUACAACAUCACUCCAAACCCAUCUCUAAGAUAUACUUCAUUUUUAUUCUGCUUCUGCUCAUUUUCACACCGAGAGUGGAUUCAUCGUGGUGGUACAUCGGAGCACUGGGCGCAAGGGUGAUCUGUGACAACAUUCCCGGCCUGGUGAACAAGCAGCGGCAGCUCUGCCAGCGACACCCGGACCUGAUGCAGUCCAUCGGAGAGGGAGCCAAAGAGUGGAUCAAAGAGUGCCAGCACCAGUUCAGACAUCACCGCUGGAACUGCAGCACGCUGGACCGGGACCACACUGUGUUUGGCAGGGUGAUGCUGCGAAGCAGCCGAGAGGCAGCGUUCGUGUACGCAAUUUCCUCAGCAGGAGUGGUCUACGCCAUAACCAGGGCUUGCAGUCAGGGGGAGCUUAAGAUCUGUAACUGCGACAGCCACAAGCGGGGGCGAGCUAGCGACGAUAGGGGCAAUUUUGACUGGGGCGGAUGCAGUGACAACAUCAACUACGGCAUAAAGUUUGCCAAAGCCUUCGUAGAUGCUCGCGAGAGGAUGGUGAAAGAUGCCCGGGCGCUGAUGAACCUGCACAACAACCGGUGUGGUCGGAUGGCAGUGAAGCGCUUUAUGAAGCUGGAGUGCAAGUGUCACGGGGUCAGUGGCUCCUGUUCUCUGAGAACCUGCUGGCUGGCUAUGUCUGACUUCAGGCGAACUGGAGACUACCUCCGCAAGAAGUACAACACAGCCAUCGAGGUGACCAUGAACCAGGAUGGGACGGGUUUUAUGGUGGCUGACAAGGACUUCAAGGGAAGCACCAAGAAUGAGUUGGUAUACGUGGAGACCUCACCAGAUUAUUGUCUCAUGGACCGUGCAGCAGGCUCCUUGGGCACAGCGGGCAGAGUGUGCAACAAGUCAUCGAGAGGCACAGACGGCUGUGAGGUCAUGUGCUGUGGGCGGGGCUACGACACCAUGCGAGUCAAACGCGUCACCAAGUGUGAGUGCAAAUUCAAGUGGUGCUGCGCCGUGGAGUGCAAAGACUGUGAGGACGUGGUGGACGUUCACACCUGCAAGCCCCACAAGCGACCUGACUGGCUGGACAUAACUUAAUGAGGAGACGUGACCAAUCACAGCCACCACUGACUCAUUAACCUCUGCGCUAAUGACUGCAUCUUAUUAUGAGAUAUAAAUCUCUUAAUGUUAUACCUCUGGCUUUCGAUCCUUUGACACUUCCUGAAGCAGAGACUUCACAGACUGUUAUUGGAUGAUGCUAAACUGGAAAUUAGGCCCAGUUACUGAUUGUGUGUUGCUUUACU